AACAGCUUUGAAUCUAUGCUUUUUUCUUUCGAGUCGCAAUGUGUCUGAGUUAGUAAUCAUUUAAAUGAUCUUGUUAUUUUCUUCCUUUUCUUGUAUUGUUGGGAAAUUUCUAAACUCGUAAGUGAAGAUCACGGUUUAUAUAUUAGUCGGAAAACUACAGUAAUGUGCGAUGUGGAACGUGAAAACACGUGAAUCAAAAUACACGCAUGUCACCGGCCGGUAAUUUUGUAUACGUGGUAAAAUUAUAAACGAAGCGCUUAAUUAAUUAGAAAGUCCUAUUUGUAAGCCUAAUAAAUAUGGGUGUGUUAAUGAAGACAAAGGGUUUGCUUAUGUCUGCGCAAAAGCAAGAAACUCUUUUAAAAUUAACCGUAUUAUCCCUUGCAGCAAUUUUAUCAUUUGCAACAAGAUUAUUCUCGGUCUUAAGAUUCGAGAGUGUUAUUCACGAAUUCGAUCCAUACUUCAACUACCGUACAACAAAGUAUCUAGCUGAAAAUGGGUUUUAUGGUUUUCAUAAUUGGUUCGACGAUCGUGUUUGGUAUCCUCUUGGCAGGAUAAUUGGAGGGACAAUAUAUCCAGGUUUAAUGAUAACAUCAGCAGCGUUGUACCGUAUUCUAUGGUUACUGAAUAUUACCUUAGAUAUACGUACUAUUUGUGUCUUCCUUGCUCCAUUAUUUUCUAGUUUAACAACAAUUAUAACUUACUUGCUUACUAAAGAGCUAAAGGAUUCUGCAUCAGGAUUAUUUGCUGCAGCCAUGAUAGCAAUAGUUCCUGGUUAUAUAUCACGAUCUGUGGCAGGUUCUUACGAUAAUGAGGGUAUAGCUAUUUUUUGUAUGCUGUUUACAUAUUAUAUGUGGAUCAAAGCAGUUAAGACAGGAGCAAUUUGUUGGUCGGCUUGUGCUGCUCUCGCAUAUUUUUACAUGGUGUCUUCCUGGGGUGGUUAUGUGUUCUUAAUUAAUCUUAUUCCUCUGCAUGUGUUGACCCUAAUGGUGACUGGCAGAUUUUCGCACAGAAUAUACAAUGCAUACAGUAUCCUAUACUGUAUAGGAACCAUUCUGUCCAUGCAGAUAUCAUUUGUUGGUUUUCAACCUGUACAAAGCUCUGAACAUAUGCUUGCAUUAGGAGUUUUUGGACUUUGUCAAAUUCAUGCUUUAGUUGAUUAUUUACGUAGUAAAAUGUCUCAAGAUGAUUUUGAAGUACUUUUCCGUGGUCUCGUUAUCUCCAUAGUUAGUAUUUCAGUUGUUUUGGGGAUUAUUUUAACCAUUACAGGAAAAAUAUCUCCAUGGACUGGGCGUUUUUACUCUCUUUUGGAUCCAUCUUAUGCAAAGAAUCACAUACCAAUAAUUGCUUCGGUUUCUGAACAUCAGCCAACAUCGUGGAGUUCUUUUUACUUUGAUUUACAAAUUUUAGUAUUUCUAUUUCCAUCGGGAUUGUAUUUCUGUUUCUCAAAAUUAACAGAUUCCAAUAUUUUCCUUAUUUUAUAUGGAGUUACUAGUUUAUAUUUUGCCGGUGUAAUGGUCCGUCUAAUGUUAGUUCUUGCUCCUGUAAUGUGUAUCUUGGGUGGAAUCGGAGCAUCUUCUUUGCUUGUUACUUAUAUGAAGCAACUGAAUGGUACAAAGGUUACUGAUAAGAAGUCUAAAAAGUUUGAAAGCAACUACAUACUUAGAAGUGAUAUUGCAUCACUUUUUAUAACAAUAAUGUGUAUUCUCUUUUUUUCGUACACUACUCACUGCACAUGGGUUACAGCAGAAGCUUAUAGUUCACCCAGUAUUGUAUUAUCAGCAAGAUCUCCAGAUGGUGGACGAAUGAUUUUUGAUGAUUUUAGAGAAGCAUAUUAUUGGCUACGUAUGAACACACCAGAAAAUGCCAAGGUAAUGUCUUGGUGGGAUUAUGGAUACCAAAUUACUGCAAUGGCGAACCGUACAAUUUUAGUGGACAAUAAUACAUGGAACAAUACUCACAUAUCACGAGUUGGUCAAGCUAUGGCGAGUUCCGAGGAGAAAGCUUACGAAAUAAUGAGAGAAUUAGACGUGAAUUAUGUUCUUGUAAUUUUUGGAGGACUUGCAGGAUACUCAUCCGAUGAUAUAAACAAGUUCCUAUGGAUGGUGCGUAUCGGUGGAAGCACUGAAAAAGGCAAAUCAAUAACGGAAUGGGAUUACUAUAACUCCGCAGGAGAAUUUAGAGUGGAUAAAGAAGGUUCUCCAAUUUUGCUCAAUUGUCUUAUGUACAAAAUGUGUUACUAUAGAUUCGGUCAAAUUUAUACCGAAGGUGGCAAACCUUCAGGAUAUGAUAGAGUUAGAAAUAUGGAGAUCGGUAAUAAAGAUUUCGAGCUGGAUAUGUUGGAAGAAGCUUAUACAACAGAACAUUGGCUGGUGCGAAUUUAUAAGGUCAAAGAUUUGAGGAAUAGAGGAAAUUAAAAGCAUACAGGAUAAUAAACACCGAAGUAGGCAUCACUUUGUAAACUACAUAUGUCAUAAUCUUGCUCGCUUAUAAGUUUUAUAAUUGGUUGAAGUAUGGAUGUGACACUAAAUACAAAACCACAUAUUACUUCCAUUAACGUCGGUAUAACCGAAACCAUGAAAAAUAAUUAUAUCGGGCCUUGUCGCAAACAAGUAAUUUAAUAAAUGUAGUAAUUUAGUCUUUGACAAAUAGUCCAUGUUCAUUUCUUAGAAAAGCAUAUAAUUCUAUAUGAAUUUAUUAGUAUCGAUCUUUAUGAUUGUUUUCCAUGCGAAUACAUAUACAUAAGUAUAUUUUUUAAUUUUAUAAUGUACACAGAAUAUGCUUUCUAUUCUCUUUAAAAUUCUUGAAAAUUAACAAUAUAAAAGUUCAAUCUAUAAGAUAACAGUAGCUUAGGUAGAAAAUAAAUUUACACUAAAAAAAGAUCAGUUUUUGUAAUCGAAAUGUUAUAUCGUAAGCUUCGAUGCUAGAGCAUUAUAUAUCUAAAAAUAAAAAAAGAAUAUAUACAUAGGUAUUAUACAUACAGUCCCACCAUCCAUAUGUUAUGCAAAGGCAUGUACAGACAUGCUUUGCUUGAAAGUGUAAUUAAUGUCAACCCCAAUUUUUUGAAUUUGUACAAAUAUGUGCGAUUCUUGAUGAACGUGAAAAUAAAUGUAAACAAGACAGCA